AUGGUGAAUGCAGGGUGUCCGCCUCCCAGCCCUGGGUACCCAUACUCAGAUUUACUCGACUUAUCACUAGUCCCAACGACUCCGCCCCGUUGCCAUUCACGAGUGACAGAAAGGUGGCAUGAAGGCGAGCAUAAAACGUUACUCCAAUAUAUCAGGCAAUUGAGAGAUAAUCAUAGAAGUGGCGCAAGAGAGCUUGCAACAGAUGCAGUGGAAUGCCUUGCACUGGUGUGUAAUAUGAUCAAUGUGGGGUUAGCACAAGAAAAGGACAAAGACGAAGAUUAUAAGUAUCGGGUGUGGUGGACCGCAGUUCGUAGGACUGGUUGGAUUAUUUCUACGUAUGCGAGGCCUAGUAUGAGCGCUGCGAUCAACGAGGCGGUGUUGAAGGUAAAGACAGAGCUAGGGAACUACGUAUGCAGUAGAAGGGAUAGAAGUGAUCCUGGAAUGGGAGCUUACUUGCAACAAUUCAUUCGUCAUAAGUUUCUUCCCAGCAGCCCCGAAUCUACACCACGUACUGUUACGAUUUUGACCCUAAGCCUGAGUUCUACUAUCCGACAUGCCCUGCUAGCUUUGUUGCAGCUAGAGAAUUUCCAUGGUACCGGUGAUAACAGCAACCCGCUCAUGGUACGGCUGCGCAUCAUGGAGUCUCGUCCGUUAUGCGAAGGGGCGGACUUAGCGAAAAUACUGGCCGAUCAGGCAAUGAGCAAGGCAUUCAAUAAUUUGGAAAUCGAGAUCGCCUCUGAUGCAAGCGUUGCAAUUCUGGCAAGAGAGGCUGAUAUAAUUCUCCUGGGGGCCGACAGAAUUUCUGCGUGUGGGGAUGUCAGCAAUAAGACUGGCAGUUUCCCAGCGGUCGUUUGCGCGAAACAUAUCGCAAACAGUGCUGUCGCCAUUGUGAUAUCGGAAACUGAGAAAGUGGACAAGCCGGAUCAUGGGGCCGGGCCCACAGAAGAGGACAACAGCCCGGCAGAGUUAAUGCGUGCCUGGAGUGCCGACGUACAGCAAAGUGCAUCGCUGGAGAUGUGGAAACGGAUCGUCCGGGUCAGGAAUGUGUACUUUGAAUGGGUGCCUGCGAGUUACAUUGAUUUCUAUAUCUGUGAAACAGGGAUUCUUAGCGUGGAUGAUAUUCAAAAACAAUCACAGUGGGUGGUGCGUGCAGAACAACGAAUAUUUGGCGAUCGUUGA